UUGUCACCAUGGCAACCACCUGUAUACAAAGUUGUCUGACAAGCGGAAGAUAAGUAGCUAGAUAGUUAGCAUACUGCCCCCACAUUCUUAGCUAAAGAUGUGACUGUUUCAGAUUUUACGACACGCUCGCACAACCACAGUGUAAACAUCGUUACGUGGGCACAAACGAAGCUCUCGCGCUGUUGUAAAGCUAACUAGUUGGCGUUAGCAGUGGCUAACGUGGCUACUUCUGGGUUAGCAAUGCAGGAAGAGGCACGGACAAAACAACACCUGAGUUCUGACCCGUCUAUGAACAGUCACAGACCUGCCUCAGGAAAAUCACAGGACAUUUCCCACGUAUUAGCAGACACGUUCAAGGACCUUUACACGAAAGACGUAAUUGGGAAAGACACCGUGUUAAACCUCAUCAAGACAAAGAGUGGACGGAGCAGCUACCAUGAGAAAUACGUGGAGGAGCUUCAACGGAUUCAUUCAGAAUACAACCAGCAAAUCAAAGAGGCAGACAUGCUGGAGGAACACAUCAUUCAGGCCGGAGCUCUGGCUGCAGCCACAGAGAAGCAGGCCUAUGAGAGAAUGAAGGAGAAGAUAGGAGACAUCCACCAGCACCCAGGCCUCCUAACUGUCAAACCGGCUUUUCCCAGCUGUGUAGACGAAAAUCUUCUCAAACUGCACGACCUGAUUUCCCCCCAGGACUACCUACCUACAGAAAAACCACGGCUGAAAGCUCCAGCAGCAAUAAAACAGAAUCCUGCCAGGCCGACUAUCAGUUACACCAUGCAUAUGUCUCGAGAGCCUCGGGAUGAUGGUUGCACAGUGAUCCCCAGUUCAGGAAAGCCUGUGACUGAAAUGAAGGAGUCAGAGCUCAGCAUGACCUUCGACUCCAGUUCAGAUAAAGCAACGAGGAGAAACUCUCUCAGGGAGACACCAAACCAGACUAAACCAAGACCAAAGUGGAAGGAUGAGAAGGGUGCCAAAGACCAAACUGAGGGGUUAGAAAACCUUCAGAGGCCUAAAAAUAGACACAGCGUUCCACACAAUCCUCGUUUCCUUCCAACAAAUGCACAGCAGGGGGGCUCAUCCCUCAUGUCCUGUCCCAGGAAAAAAGCAGCGCAGGAGAGUAAAAAGAUGGAGGAACAAAGCUCAACUGAGGAUACUGUCCCAGUCUUCCUACCCAAGCCUUCAGUGGUUGUCUUUACCGACUACAGUGUGGGUCAAGUUUAUGAAACAACGCUGGAGCUGAAAAAUGUGACUUCCUCAAGCCGACAUGUCAGAGUUAUCCCUCCAACAACUCCUUUCUUCUCUAUUGGCCUGGGGAGAUUUCCUGGUGAGGGGGGUGUUGUUGCCCCAGGGAUGAGCUGUAAGUACACAGUGCGCUUUGCUCCAGACUCCCUGGCAGAUUGUGAGGACUUCAUCAUGGUGGAGACCCAGGUCGAGCACCUGUUUGUGGUGCCCAUCUUAGCCACGCGGCCCCCUCCAGUACUCACCUUGCCAAGAAUUCUGGACUGUGGUUACUGUCUGAUUGGAGGCGUAAAGUUUGUUGAAGUCCAUUGUAAAAAUGUUGGCCUCAGUGCUGGGACCUUCUGUGUAAUCCCCAAGAGACAGUGGCCGCCUGCAGAUCUUAGGUCUUCAUCAAGAGCAUACUUUUGUGAACAGCCACCCUUUGCAGUGAGCCCAUCUCUGUUUGUGCUGCAGCCAGGAGAGGGCGUAGUGAUGGAGGUCGUUUUUUUUCCGACCACUGCUGAAAAAAGCUGCCAGGUUUUCACUGUUGUUUGCGAUAACUGCCAUGUGAAAGACAUUUCUGUAGAAGGUGAAGGACAGCCCAUUGCGAUUGAGCUGGUGUCUGUGUCUGGGGAGAGGGAGCCUCCUACAGUUGGGGAAGUGCAUGACCUCACUGCGGAGCACUUUGUGUCUUUCGGCCCUUCCAACCCUCACUCUGUGCAACACAAGAAACUCAUCGUUAGAAAUAACGUCCACUUGGAGCUGCCUUUCUGCUGGCAGAUUAUGAAGCCCAACCUGCAACCUCGGCUUCCAGGGGAAACAAUAGAAACCUUCCACAUCCAGUCCAGCCUGGCCACAGAUGACAUUUUCCACGUUAGGCCUCUUACAGGCCUUUUGGGUCCCUGCCAGGACCACGAGUUCCUGGUGACCUUCUGUCCUAAAGAGUUGAAGGAUUAUCACAAUGUGUGUCAUUUAGUCUUGAGGGACGUCCCUCAGCUGCCACAGGAACCCAGUGAAAACAGUGUUCUUCAGCCUGUGCGCACAGGCUCCAAGGUGAGUGAUGUCAUUGUCAUGGAAAUAGAAGUCAAGGGGUCCACGGAGCCGUACCAGGUCCUGCUGGAGCCCUAUGCCGUGGUGAUCCCUGGAGAGAUCUUUAUUUCUACAACCACCCGCAGGCAGUUCAAGAUGUGGAACCACAGUAAGACCUUCAUCUUUUUCCAGUGGGAAAGAAUGAACAGUUGCAGUCACUCGAUAGAAGUAGAGCCCUCUACUGGCAAAAUAGAUGAGAAUGAGUGCUGUGAGUUUGAUCUAAUAGUGACAGGAGAGAAAGCAGAGAGGGUUGUGACCAGUCUGGUUUGUCACAUAGAGCAUCACAGGCCCAUCGUUUUGGCUGUUGAGGUGUCCUUCAAGGGUCCCGUAGUGACCCCCAGUGUGCCCAGUGUGGACUUUGGGCUCAUGAGGCUCGGGGAGCAGACCCAGACCAAACUGCUCCUCACCAACACCACUCAACUGAAAGCCUCUUGGACAAUGGAGGAAAAGCUUGCCUUUCAACACGACCAUGAAGUCACACAUAUAUUAGUGGAGCCCUGCAGAGGUGAGCUUCCCCCCUUUGCCUCCUGCAGUGUGGACUUGCUCUUUAAGCCACGUCGCUGUCAGCAACUUGAAACAGAGCUGGAGCUCAAAGUGGAAAAUGGAACAGGGUGUCACCUGUCAGUGCAUGCAGACGUUCAGUCUCCUCAGGUCUGUCUGCUAAAGUGUCAGUUGCUGCUUUCUGACCUCUACGUUGGAGUUCCUGCACGGGGAACUGUAACUCUCUUCAACCAGACUCUGCUCCCUUCACACUUUACAUGGAUGCCUCAGCUGCAGGGUAAGCAGGCUUCACUGUGUGCGGCCAGCUUUGACCCCUCUUCUGGCACGCUGGGACCUAAUGCCAGCAUAGAGGUCACGGUUAAUUUUACCUGUCACACAGAUCUGGAAGUGCCUGAAGUGGCUGCUGUCUGUGAGAUUCAAGGGAUGGACCUUCCCCUUGUUCUUGGCAUUUUGGCUUCCAAACCCAAAGCACUCAGUGUUGUCUACUCGCUGCCCAGUGUUAGCCCUGCACUAGACAGUGAUACCUGUGCAACACUGGUGCUAAACUUUGGAGACGAUGUCGUCUUAAAGAGAGCUGUUACUAAGCAGCUGCUGAUAACCAAUCAAACUGCUGUUUCAGCCCCGUUCACCAUAGAAGCUGAGUAUUUCACCGGCCAUCCUUUACAAUCAAGUCACCAGUCAGAGAAAAGAUUUAAAUAUGUCAUGAAGCCACUUCACUCGGUUCAAGCAAAGAAACUAGAAGAAAAAGCCCACGAGGACUUUGUGAGCAACCUGCUGGCUCAUGGGAAGGGUGCCGCCUUCUUUGUUCAGCCACACACUGGACAGCUGGGCCCGUUUGAGACCCAGACCCUGGAUGUGACCGCCUAUACCGACAUGUGGGGGGAGUACAACGACCUUCUCAUUUGCAAAGUGGGAGACCUUGAGCCUACACUCAUCCCCAUGCAGAUGACAGUGAAAGGCUGCCCACUCUAUUUUCAGAUGAUAGGUCCACAGCCAGACAACCAGAACCAGGGACCAACCAUACAGUUUGGCACACACGUAUCUGGAGGUGACACCGUGUCGCGUUCUCUUCGCAUCAACAAUCCCACCAUGUUGGAUAUUUGUAUGGACUGGGAGACGUAUAACAUCGAUCCCGAUGUCGUGGCGUACGGAGAAGCUGACAUCAACGAGGUGACCAACAGAACGUUACCGCUUCCUGAUGGGAACAUUCAAACAGCCUGGGAAAGAAAUCAGAGCCCCGGCUCAGAGGGGGCGAGUUCCUCUCUCCAAAGCAUGAUUGAUGGAGAAGAUGGGGAUCAUGUUUCUGAGGAGGGUUCUGAGAAAGAGCAAACGUCUCCGGAUCCCUUUGCUGCUGAGAAAAAUCUCUCCUCUGCCUCCAGUCGACCUCAUGUGGGCAAACUCUCAGAUUACCCAUACUGCAUCACUCCUCUGCAGAUUGUAAUUCCAGCAAAGAGCAGUGUCACAAUACACGUGUCCUUCACUCCUCUGACACUUCCUGGGUCAACGCCUAAGACCAGAUGCGUUGGCCUGGCUCUGGGUUUCCUGAGUCUAGAGUCUGAGUCAGCUGCCUUGGUCCCAGGUAAAGUCAGAAGGGCUCAGGGUUUGGAUUUGGAGCCUGUCAGAGUGGAUCUGGUAGCAACCGUUAAACCUGCAGUGCUGUUUGUGCAGAUGAAGGAGGACGACGGGGCGCUGGAGUUUCAUGCCUCAGCUGGAGAUUUACUGAGGGGAAAAUCUGCAAAAGAGGUGGUGGUGAAGGAUUUUGACGUCACAGAGACUUUUCAGCUAAAUAACACCUCAGAGAUGCCCUUACACCUCAGGCUGGGGGCUCAGCCUCCAUUUACAGUGCUUAAACCUCAGCCUCGAGCCCAGACCAGACCGUCCAGCAACUCGCCUACUGGAGACAGUCAGCCUCUGGUGCUACAACCACAGCACAACAUGCAGGUGAAAGUGGCCUUUCACUGCUCCCUGUCUCUUCUGGAGCACGUGGAUCAGACAGAUGACAAAGCUGCUCUUGGAGUAACGUUGAUCCACAGUGCAAAUGGACAGAAGACGCUGAGGUUCCAGCAAAACCUUCUCAUUCAUUACAGUAAUAACAGCCUGCAGACAGUGCCUCUCCGCGCUUAUCUGGGCUUGGCUACGCUGUGUCUGUCCAGUGACAGCGUGGACUUUGGGUUCUGCUAUGUGGGCCGGACCCGGACAGCAGAGGUGAACCUCUCCAGCCACGGAUCUCACACUUACUGGAAAUCAGUUAUCGAGGCAGAUGAAGGCGAUUCCCGUGUGUUCAGAGUGACACCAGACUCUGGGCUUCUCAGGUUCAAGGAGCUUGGUGUCAGUAGCUGCAGCGAGUGUCUACAGAUCAGAUUUACUCCCAGUGAGGACAGAGGAUUCAGGGCCACUCUUGUGAUACAGUCUUUACUGGAGAAGACCCCCAUCACUCUGCACCUCCAGGGAAAAGGAUCUUUUGAUGAAGUGUACAUGUCUAACCACGAGUCCUAAAACCCUGGGGACACUCACAGUAACAGCGUUCCAGUCACGUGUGCAGAUCGUCUGGAGAUCUCUUUCCAGAGCAGUGGAUCCUGUUUGAUCACUGAUAGUGAAAGCUUCCUUUAGUGUGGUUUUAUUAAGUGAUGUUUGUACUUUGCUGUGUGGCUGUGGCUGUUGACAUAAGGGGUCAGUGGAUGACAUAGAGACAGACAGAACACCUUUAAUGGUAGUAUUGUUGCAGAUAGUCAGGCAGGCCAUAAAAUCAUAUUACUUAUAGCACAGCAUCUAGAGCUGGAGAAGCUCCUCGCUGUCUCUCAACCUUGUCAUGAAUCUGUCAGUUGAGGCGUCCUGCUUUUGUCUGGAGCCUCCAAAUCUUUAAACACGCACAUGCUCAGGCUGUUAUUGUUCCUAACAGCUGCCUGUAGUGCUUGUCUGCAGCACAGUUCUGCGUUACACAUUUCUACAAGCACCACAAAUCCACCGAGAAAUGCAAAUGUCCAAUUGAUAUUCGAUGCACUCCAGCAGUCCUACACAGAACAAGGGGAAGUCUGAUCACAAUAACACGGUAUUGUGUGGAACUAAUCUGUGCAACACUGAGGCCAAGGUCAGUACAGCAUUGGUUAUUCUUGCGGUGUGGUCUGAUGUGCAGGACUAGAAGACGCCUCACAGCACCAGAUUAAAAUCAUACAGACCUCUUCA